GACCACUAACACCAACAACGUUUCAGAAUUUGCUUGCGUUUUGUUUCGACGUCGAAUUCAAUAUUCAAUAUUUCGUGUAUUUUGUGUUGUUUUCCCUCAGAUAGCUAAAAACAAAUCGAUAUGGCAGCUUAUACCGAGGAUCAGUUGGCUGAAUUCCAGGAGGCCUUCAACCUGUUCGACAACCGCGGAGAUGGCAAAAUUCAGCUGAGCCAGGUGGGCGAGUGUCUGAGGGCCCUGGGCCAGAACCCCACCGAGUCGGAUGUCAAGAAGUGCACCCACCAGCUGAAGCCCGACGAGCGCAUCUCGUUCGAGGUGUUCCUGCCCAUCUAUCAGGCGAUCUCCAAGGCCCGCUCGGGCGAUACGGCUGAUGAUUUCAUCGAAGGACUGCGUCACUUCGACAAGGACGCCAGCGGUUAUAUCUCCUCCGCCGAGCUGCGCCACCUGCUGACCACGCUGGGCGAGAAGCUCACCGACGAGGAGGUCGAGCAGCUGCUGGCCAACAUGGAGGACCAGCAGGGCAACAUCAACUACGAGGAGUUCGUGCGCAUGGUCAUGAGCGGUUAGGAUCAGACCGAUUCUAGCUGUUCAACUGUCCAGCGACACGACAAUAGAAGCAACGCUAUAUCCAACACAAUACAACACACCAACACUAAACACACCUGCCAAGCUACACAUAGAUGAGCCGUUCAUUCCGCCAGAAGUUCCAACUCCGUGAUUCCAACUUAGCCAUUCUUACCCCGGCAUUAAAGCAUUCAAAACCAAGGACAACGACCAAGGAUAUCGAGAUAUAACAAAUACAGGGGAAAGUGCUUAACACAAGCAGCUAAUAACUGAAAACUAAAAACUAAAACUACGAGAUUGGAGCUAUUCCCACUUCCAAAAUUAACCAACGAUGUAGACAUAGAUUCAUGAUUAACCAUAACUAAUUACCGCGUCUGUGAAUGUGCGUAUUAUUCUAAAAUUGACACUAGAAGGUUAAUCAGUAAUUAUCAACUAGUGCAGUCGUUCUUUUGUACCAAUCACACUCGAUACAUUUAUAUAUAUAUAUAUAUGAAUUACCAUAGUAUACUUCAAUGGAAGGAAGGAAAGCCAGAGUAUCACGAAAAAGUAUUUCUAAAUUAAAGCUGAUAUGCGUCGGUGGCGUGUGUCCGUAUUUAAAUGCGCAUUUUGAAGUUUUACAUGUUUAUUUUUUUUUAAAUAAUUUAAUAUUUGUAUUUAAUAAAUAAUGAAAUGAGAUCCAAUGAAUGUGUAGGUCUUUUUACAAAAGAAACGUACUUAAACUAUUAAACCAAUUGAAACCUU